CUUGCAGAAUGGCCUCAGAAAAUGCAGAAAAACUAGACCUUGGUUUCAACACUGCGUCUGAUAUCAAACCGAAGAAGGAGUGGAUGAAUUUGUUCCUUAGGGCUCUCUCAUUCUUUGCCACAGCAUCUGCUACACUCAUUAUGGCACUCAACAAACAAACCAAAACCUUGGUAGUGGCCACCAUUGGCACAACCCCACUAACAAUCACUCUCACUGCUAAGUUUCUCCACACUCCAGCAUUCAUAUUCUUUGUGAUAGUGAAUGGAAUCGUCAGUCUCUAUAAUUUGGUGGUGAUAGCAGUGGAUACAUUAGGACCACAAUAUGAUUACAAAGGACUUCGUCUUGGACUGACUACAAUUUUAGACGUGAUGGCAGUGGCUCUGGCAGCAAGUGGAGAUGGUGCAGCAACUUUCAUGGCAGAAAUAGGAAGGAAUGGAAAUUCACAUGCAAAGUGGGAGAAGAUAUGUGACAAAUUCCAUGAAUACUGCAACAGAAGUGCUGUUGCCCUAGCUACCUCCUUCCUUGGCAUCAUUCUCCUCAUCAUUGUUACUGUCAUGUCUAUCACCAAACUCUUCAAGCUAAAUCGUAUUUAGCAUCUCUUAAUCAAUGUAUCACUUCAUAAUAGUGUUAUUAUAUUCUGCUUUAUUUUCUUUAUUCACCUGUUUCAUCACUUCCAUGUAUCUUGGACUUCUGUAAAAAUUUUUAAGUUUUGUAUAAGACUAGUGUUAUACUA